GGGUGGCAGCUGGGGUGGCAAGGCUAUUGUUUAGGGUGGCAGUUGCCACCCCAUGCCACCCCGGUAGAUCCGCCCCUGCAUACACCAGGCAGUGAGGGACCUGGCGGAGCAGCAACAUGGACUCCAAGCCUCGGUCAACACCCAAAUCAGCGACAUGGCGGAGGCGGUGCAUCGUGUGCUGGCACGCCUGGACGCCGGUUCCACUGCUCCGGCAUUACCUGAUGCUGCGGCUCAUCCUCAACAGCUGGCAGCCCCCCCCUACUACAGCGGCGCCGCUUCCUGGAUCUCAUGCUGUCCCGUUGCCUCGCUUGGCCCCUCCAGAUAAGUUUUCCGGAGAUUCCAAUGACUGUAGAUCCUUUCUGACUCAGUGUGAUCUACACUUUAAGUUAAUGCCCUACAUAUAUAGCUCUGAUUAUGCUCAGAUUGCAUUUAUCAUUUCUCAUCUGUCCGGCCGUGCGGCUGCAUGGGCUACGGCGGAGUGGGAGAACAAUUCUGCAACUUGCAACUCUGUCUCUCAGUUCAUCCACUCGUUUAAAAGAGUGUUUGCACAUCACACACCAGCUGUAGAGAGCGCACAGAAUUUGACAUACAUUCAGCAAAAUCAACGCCGAGUGGCGGAUUAUGCAAUUGAGUUCCGCACUAUGGCUAUUGAUUGCGAUUGGAAUGAUUCGCGUUAAGGAACACAUUUCGGAACGUACUAUCAGAGAAAAUUAAGGAUCAUUUUUUACUUAUGGAUCCUCCCACAGACUUAGAAAGUAUGGUAGCGGCUGCUAUUAAGAAUGACAAUCGCAUCUGUGAGAGAGAGAUAGAGAAAGAAAGAAGACUGCCGUUUCGUCCAGCGGAACCAGAGGGUUCUCAACAGCUGUUCAUCCUGUCCGGAGGACAUCAUUCGGCUCGUCACCUGCUUCAGAGGCCACAACGCCCCCCAUUGACUCGGAGGAGCCGAUGCAGCUCGGCAGGGCCAGAAUCUCACCGGAGGAACGACGUCGCCGCCUAGUGGAGGCAAGAUGUUUCUACUGCGGUCAACAGGGGCAUCAACAAGCCAUGUGUCCAGUAAAAGAACAGGCUCACAGGUGAAAGGGAAGACACUGCUUUUUCCCAAGUUGGACUUUGGGCUCAAGGCGAGGAGCGACUUCUCCAUGAUUUGUUUGCAAGUUACAAUAAGCUGUCCCGGCCUGUGAAAAACACAACUGACGCAGUGCUCGUCCACUUUGGACUGUCCAUCGCCCAGCUUAUCGAUGUGGAUGAGAAGAACCAGAUGAUGACCACAAAUGUCUGGGUCAAGCAAGAAUGGGAUGAUUACAAACUCCGCUGGAACCCGGAGGAAUACGAAAACGUCACCUCCAUCCGGAUUCCCUCAGAAAUCAUCUGGAGGCCAGACAUUGUCCUCUACAACAACGCUGAUGGCGACUUUGCGGUAACUCACCUCACGAAGGCCCACCUGUUCCAUGACGGUCGGAUAAAGUGGAUGCCACCGGCCAUUUACAAGUCUUCGUGCAGCAUAGACGUCACAUUUUUCCCAUUUGACCAGCAAAGCUGCAAGAUGAAGUUUGGGUCGUGGACCUACGACCGCUCCAAGAUCGAUCUGAUCAGCAUGGCCAGCGAUGUGGAUCAGAUGGACUACUGGGAAAGCGGGGAGUGGGUCAUUAUCAACGCAGUGGGCAAGUACAACACCAAAAAGUACGAGUGCUGCAUGGAGAUCUACGCGGACAUCACUUACUACUUCAUCAUCCGGAGGCUUCCGUUGUUCUACACCAUUAACCUCAUCAUCCCCUGUCUUCUUAUCUCCUGUUUGACUGUGCUGGUGUUUUAUUUGCCAUCGCAAUGCGGAGAGAAGAUCACCUUGUGUAUCUCCGUCUUACUGUCCCUAACUGUAUUCCUCCUGCUGAUCACAGAGAUUAUACCGUCCACAUCGCUGGUGAUUCCAUUAAUUGGGGAAUACCUUCUGUUCACCAUGGUCUUUGUCACGCUUUCCAUCGUAAUUACUGUCUUUGUGUUAAACGUUCAUCACCGGUCCCCACAAACCCACGGCAUGCCUCAUUGGGUGCGGAGAGUAUUCUUGGACAUGGUGCCUCGAGUGCUCUUCAUGAAGCGUCCGCCUGGCACCGCCAAGCAGAACUGCAAGAAGCUCAUCGAGAUGAUGCACCGUCCGACCACCAUAUCUGCGACGGGCAACUCUCUGGCCUAUUGGACAGGGUUAGAGACGGGAUUCAGACAGAUGAGCCAGGUAAACGAUACCCUUCCAAAGACUCCAUCCGACAGUCCAAGCAUCCAUGUGUGCUCACCCUCCCCACCCUCUUCCCCUCUUGAGAACCACAACGGGAAUGAUCACCCAAUGAAGGCCAACCUUUUCUCCUGCCCUGGAUCUGGACAGUAUUCGGUUCUCUCUGAGAAACAACCCCUACGGGUUCUCAACUCUGCCGCCUUGUCUUCUUCCCAUAUGUCCUUACCCCUUACUUUACCAAUGUGCCCACUCCGCAGCCUAUCCAGGGAAGAAAUACACACAAUGGCCCCAAAUGGUCGUUCCCACAGCGCAGAGCAGAUGUCUGACCAACAGAAGGAGCUUCCUCAGAAAGCCGGCCAUCGAUGUCGCUCCAGCAGCUUCCAGUACUGCUGUUUGCACGAUGAAGGGCCAGGAAUCAUGGGAAUCGCAGGCUGGGUGAACAAACAGCCUGCCACAGAUCAACCAACAGAACCCCUCAGAGUGGAGCCCAUUAAAGAUGUGUGUACCCAACAGACCCUGGGUCUGAUCAUUUCCCCAGCCAUGCAGCGGGCCAUAGAGGGAGUUCAGUACGUCGCUGAUCAUCUCAGGGCAGAGGAUGAAGAUUUUUCAGUGAAAGAGGACUGGAAGUAUGUGGCCAUGGUCAUUGACAGGAUAUUCCUCUGGAUGUUUGUCCUGGUGUGUAUACUGGGAUCUGUUGGACUCUUCCUUCCUCCUUGGCUGGCUGGAAUGAUCUAGAAGCUCACCAUUGAAGGAAAGAGAGGCAACAAACACUGACUGUCUCGUAUAAAAAAAGCAUGGUUUAUCAUUAACCUUUUCAUUUUUUCAGAAGAACUACUAGCCCUACUUCUCGGUCUUGCCCGGGUUAUCAAAAGGUUACUCUCGGAGAACCGAGUUGAAAUAAAUUCCAUUGAUUCCAGCGGGGCAUAUCAAUUCUUUAUGAGGGCAAAAGGCCAACAGUGAAACAUAUCCUUUCACACCACUCCAUUUUGACAUUGAGCAGUAUAGCUCAUGCUGUCACCAUAAAGAAAAAAAAAGAGAAAAGAAUAGAGAUUGAACCAUUUACAACUGCAGAAAAAUCAAAGACUCAGGAAAAAUAUUGUAUUUUCUGAGAACGUAAGAUGUUUAUAAAACUGUAUAAGGUUUGGUUUGAAUCUACAAUAACAUUCCUACUUUCAAUGAUAUAGUACCCUGACAAUAUUCAUCAAAUAUAUACGUUUUUAAGAGCUGCCUGAUUUGGCAGCAUUUGGUGAAUAAUCUCUGAAGAAUUUGUGUGUGUUCAGGUGUGACGCUUUUUUUGCAGUGGUCACAGUUUAGCUAAGCCCACAUGAAGCUCUCUGAUUUUCUAAUUCCAGCAGUUACAUUAAACACAUCUAUUCAAUAUUCCUUUUGUCACCACUUUUAAAACUUUGGUGUUAACAGCAAGGGAAUUAAAGUCACUCUCUCCAGUCAUGCAAAUGAAUUGUCCUCGCCUCAACCCCGGCCACCUAUUUCCUACUUCUAUUGCUUGAUAAAUGAGUAAAGCAGGAGUGGUGAAUAUCAAUACAUAACUGCCACAUUAUUUUGGGAGAUAUUUGUAUUUAUUAUCUUGAUUAAAGAUAACCAGCCCCUACACUGUAUUUUAUACCUUGUACAAUGGAAUCAGAUCUGACAGGAAAUCAAAUGGCUUUAAAAGUGCUGAACAUGAAGAAGCAGUCAUUGAAGCGCCAAUGAGUUGGAGGUUUCAGACGGUGGCAAGAGUACAAAGGCUGAUGAAGACACUAUUGAAUAUUUAGAACAAAAGAGAAACCUUUCUGAAGCGAUGCCAGGGGGCAAAUCGCAAAUGUUAUUUAUCACCAAUUUAUUACAUAUUCCAAUGUAAAAAAUGUGGCAUACACAUUAGCAUACAGAAAAAAGUAUGCUAUUAUUAUACAUGAGGCUGAUUUUUAAGAGAUUUCAUAAUUGAAUAGGUCCGGAUUUUCACAUUGUGUUAACUUAGAUAGUGCCUGACUUAUGCUGCUUUGCUUAAUUAACCUUUUCAAUAUCUGCAAACUUAUGAUAAGACCAUUGAUUCUGAAAACGGUUACAACUAUGAAGCAAAGAUGAAUUCUACUGCAAGAAAACAACUUGGCAGAGAAUAAUGCGCUGCAUAUAGUGGGGAGAAAAACAGGUACAGGGGUGCAAGAAACGAAACGCAUUUACUUCAGGUACUUGAACAAAGUCCAGAUAGGUGUGAUUUUGCAGGAGGUAGCAGUGCACACUGGCCGUUUUCUGUGUGCACGUUCAUGCGUUUUCAACAAGCUAGCUGAAUAAUGCAUGCAUAUAAUAUGGGAUCAGUUUAUUUGAUCUCAAGGAUGAAGACAACAAUAUAUUAUUCAUGUUUUCCAAUCAUUUGUAUAUUUGGUCAACCACCGAUUUAUAGUCUGCCUCUAUUGAUGCAAUAUACUAGAUUUCUAUCAGAAUACUGAGUACAUUUUAGUUUUUCAACGUUAUUUAGUCCAUCUUACUGUCAAAAUAGGUUAGCUACAUAUUUAUUUACGGUUUCCCAGUGUAACGCUAUGAUGGUCAAUUUAAGAAUGUAUCAGCAGUCAGGUAAAGAUACUUUCGUAUUCUGCUUCAGUUUCAGUCAUGCAAGUGUUAGGAGUAAAUACCUCUUGUAGAUUAUUCUUUGGGUAAAGGCCAAGUUGAGCUUGAUAAACUGCUUUCAAGAUUACGGUGUGGUUAGCUCAUUCCAAAAGUGACAAAUUAACUAAAUUCAAGUUGACAAAAACGCACAUCAGGCACACACUUCGAGACCUUGCAACGUAAAGCUUUUUUUUCAAAUCACGUCAAGUCAUGGAUUGCAAAAAAAAAUGACUUCACAACUGUUAGUGAUAUAGUUAUUAGCAUAGCAUUAUUGUAUGUCUGCAUGGUUAAAAAAACGAAUGCACAACCCAACAGCCACACUAAAGUGCUAAUAGUGGAUCCUCCAACAGUGACACCAUGGGGAACUUUUUCCUUCAGUAAGGUGCUGUUCUUGGAAAUAAUCCCCACCGUCCUGACUGCAAAUCCUUAUUUUAUUUUAGGUGCGCAUUGAAGCAGUACUGAGACUGGGAGUGGCCAUAGAGAGAAAAACAGAUAUGAAUACUGAACAAAUGAUUGACUAACUGUGGUCACAAGAUAUACACUCAUUCGUUACCUACAUUUAAUUAAAGUGUUCCCGUGUUUUGAUUCCAUCCACCACUUGCUUAAGACACAUGUCUUUAGUUUUAGUUGGCUAUAAAUAGAAGCUUUUUAAUCAAGCUUUACAUUAGCCGUGGACGAGUUAACGAGACAUGUUGACAACAUUAGCUCUGCAAUGGAUUAUUGUUGAUAAAAGGCAAUUAGCGAAGACAUUGAGAGCUUGAGGAUUAAUUCGUUAUGUAGAUGAUGAUGAAGUAUUUCCACAACUGGUUAUCUCUUUCCAGGAUAAUUUACAUCUUCAUGAGCUAGCAACCUGUGUAACCCUUGCAUCAUAAUAAUACCAAUACUUAAGCAGGUGCACUGUACUUCAUUUGGGGAAAAAGGCUGGUCUGGUAUAGUAGCGCUUUGUACACAUUUGGUGUGCACAAUUGACCGAAACAUUGGUAUGAAGUACUUACAUUUAGGUCAUACCAUACAUUUUGUUUGCAAAAUUAAUAUUUGUUAUCCCUCUGGAAACUCCUGGGCUUCGUAAAACAGAGAGUGUUAGUAGACCAUAAACAGUUGACGGUUAUAUUAUCCUUCGAUAAUGAACCAGCAGGGAAGUCGAGCAGACUCGGGAGGACUUUUUGGUGCUCAAGUUUCUCAAAAUGACAUUCAGACAGGUGAGUAAAUCAAACUCACUGAACCUUCUCGACAGAUGAGACUGCCAACAAUCACUGAGUUGACUUGGCAACGGGGUGUGUAUGACUGUACAGUCUCUCAUUGCUUUCAUAUAGGCCUAUGUUUUCACACUGGAGUUUAUUUCAUAAUUACUACACAGCUUUGUUGAAUACUCAAUUCUGAUUGGUCAAUUUGGACAUUCUGCAAUCUGUUAUUUCUCUAUAGCAGACAUUUAAUGGCUUUCAAAAAUAAAAGUUUUCUGUCUAUUUUAAUAUUAUUUGGGAAGAGCAUUUAACUUGACAUAUUGUUCAAACAUUUCUGUGAUGCUAAAAUGAAUCUACUCUGUGGUGUGAUGUAGAUGUUUCCCUUUAAAAGUACAUUUCAAAUGA